GACGUCGGGGGAGCUUAAUGCAUUCACCGAGCUUCAAGGAAUCGACUCAGAUGCCCUUACAAGGAAAUCAGCUUUAUGAAAGUUGUGAAAAGUAUCAGCCAACGUUUCUGGUGAUGCCUGACUCCCUGACAUCAACAAGGCUGAAAGUGAGCGGUUCCGUAGUACUGGCUAUCUGGACAGAGGGUUUGGCGGUCACUUCAGCCAACGGCUGCCGCAUUGCCCAGUUUCACCUGAAGAAUAUCCGGAAGUUCGCUUACAAUCUGAACGAAUUCAAGUUCUGGACUGGAAGGGCGUGUGGCCUUGGAGUGGGAACCUUCACUUUUAUUACAAAACAGGGGAAAGAAAUUUACUACUAUAUCCAAGAAACAAAGAAGGUGUUGAAAAACGUUUUCAAUCUUCCCCCUGAAACGAAGUCUCCUCCCUGCGACACGACAGAACACGUAUACGAGGAACUCACUUACAUGUGCUUACCUAUUUUCGAUGGCCAACGCUAUAGUUCCUUGAGUCCGCCUGUUGCUGGAGCUUCCGCCAUGGCUGCGCGAACUAAAGCGCCCGCCCGUGGAGGAAGUCCUCUACUCAGGGAGCACGAGUGGCAGAUCAAGACCAUGAUGGUGCUGGAGUUCGCCAAGGAGUUCUGCAACGGUUGACAGCAGACGUUACAGCGAGAUGCUCAAUCAAUUUCUGGAAAGGCAAGGACUGACCCCUUUCGUGUGGGACUGUUUUGCAGGACGUUCUCAGGAGGCGAGGUAACCAAAGGGCGUGCGAAGCAGCCUCGGCCAAGGACAUCUUCAGCAAUCCUUCCACGUUGAACGAGCGGAGAGAAGGGUUUACACGCUUCCUCAAACGCAACAAAACGGCAAGCGUCGAUGAUGCAGGACGGUCUAGGUAGGGUUUAGAGGAGAGGGAAUUAGAAGUGCUGGAAGAGGGAAUGUUUGAUAAUGAUGUACAUGUUUCUGAAGUGAUUAACAGU